AUGGCUUUUAUGGAGGUUGGAAACUAUACCACCGUGACAGAGUUCAUCAUUUUGGGGUUAACACAGGAUCCUACACUUUGUGUUAUUUUCUUUGUAAUAUUUCUAGGAAUAUAUAUUGUUACCUUAGUAGGCAAUAUCAGCAUAAUCACCUUAAUAAGAAGCUGUUCUCAACUCCAUACCCCCAUGUAUCUGUUCCUCAGCCAUCUGGCUUUUGUGGACAUUGGGUAUUCCACAUCAGUCACACCUGUAAUGCUCAUGGGAUUCCUUGGCUAUGGAACAGCCCUCCCUGUGGCUGGCUGUGAAGCCCAACUGUGUUCUGUGGUGACAUUUGGGACUGCUGAAUGUUUCCUGCUGGCUGCCAUGGCCUAUGAUCGCUAUGUGGCCAUCUGCUCACCCCUGCUCUACUCCACCCACAUGUCCCCUGGAGUCUGCACCCUCUUAGUGGGGGCUUCCUAUCUGGGUGGUUGUGUGAAUGCUUGGACAUUUACUAGUUGUUUAUUGAGUCUGUCUUUCUGUGGACCAAAUAAGAUAGACCACUUUUUCUGUGACUUCUCUCCUUUGUUGAAACUUUCCUGCUCAGAUAUCUCUGUUAUUGAAAUUAUUCCUUCCAUCUCUUCUGGCUCCAUCAUUAUGGUCACGGUGUUUGUCAUUGUUCUCUCUUACAUGUACAUCCUCAUUACCAUUCUGAAGAUGCACUCCACUGAAGGGCGUCACAAAGCCUUCUCUACCUGCACCUCCCACCUCACUGCAGUGACUCUCUAUUAUGGAACUAUUACCUUCAUUUAUGUGCUGCCCAAGUCCAGCUAUUCAACUAACCAGAAUAGAGUGGUGUCUCUGUUCUACACAGUGGUGAUCCCCAUGCUGAACCCCCUCAUCUACAGUCUGAGGAACAGAGACGUAAAGGAGGCCCUGUGGAAAACAGUCAUCAAAGUGUAUUCUUAGGGUCUAUUAUUUGAAUUCAAGAACCUAGAAACCUAGAAAGUUUUCAUUUACCCAUGUUAGCCUUAGAACUAACCACACACUGUUAACCUGAUUUCUUAAGCUAAAAUUAUUUUAUUUGUUCAAUUCUCACCUUUUUACGCUUGUGUAUC